GAACCACGCAUCAACCCCACCAAAGCUAACGCCGCCAUACACCGAGUGCAGUGCGCAGAAGACGGAGAGGAGAGCAGCGGAGGGCAUCGAGCGAGAGCAUCAUAUCAUCGAGCAUCAAGCAUCGAGCAUCGAGCAUCGAGCAGUUAUCGCUAGGGACCAGCUCCGUCGUGAGCAAGCAAGCAAGCUAACAGCAAGGGGAACCGAACGGGAAAGACUUCAUUCAAAUGGUUCUAGAGGCGAGCGCGAGAGUUGAAACCUUGUAGAAGCAUUGUAACGGUUUCUUUGCUUCUUUUCCACCUUUAUUUUGGCUCGACUCUUACAGUACAGCUGCGUCUUUCUACCUUUAUUCUACCUUUGCGGCUAGCUCUCUCCCCCCCCCUCCACCUCUCUAUGCCUAGACAGUCAAUAGACUCGCCAUCAAAACCUACGCUUUAACGAUUAACGGUCAAUGGUGGUGGUCAUUUGUCCAAUCAAUCAAUCAAUAAUCAAUCAAUCAACCAGCCUGCUUCCUCCCACAUCGUCCUGCUAUCACUACGACUACCUAGGCAGCUCCUCGCCAACUCUCGGAACUCAAUUCCUCAUGAUCGAUUUCCCCUCAUAUUAUCAGCAUUACUGGUAUUAUCAGCAUCAUUAGUAUUAUCAGUAUCAUUCUUCAUUCUGUGCCUGGCUGCCACUGCUACCACGACGACUAUCCCAGUGCCCCGUAAUCAAUCAUUGUGACCAUCUUCUAUUCUCACACACCUCCUCGCAUACCUCCUACACCUCCUACUAGUUUGCUACCCACUGCCUACUACUGCUACUACUGCUACUACUGCUACUGCUGCUGCUACCACUACUACUAGUUUACUACCCAUACCUCCUCCUACUAGAGCUACUACUACAGCUCUCUACCCCAACCCAACCCAACCCAACCCAACACAACACAACCACAACCACAACCACAACCCACCAACCUCCUCCAAUCCAAAAUCAAUCUUCCCCCCCCUCCCCCCAAAAUACAUCAAUUCUUCUUAAUUCAUGUAUCAUUAUCAUUAACCUCGAUAUUCUCGACUGAAUUCCAUUUCGUUAAAUUGUUCCUCUCACGCCAAUCUCCUCCAGCCCUUGAUUCACUCGAAGAUUGCAUCAUUCCAAUCAAUUGGUGCUCUUUGUCGCAACGGACACAGUUCAUACAUUCACAGCUACCACGAUCCGCAUCCUACGAACGAAGCUUACUCACAAAACGAGCAACUUGCACCUUCCUCCUUUACCUUGCUCACCAAGACUCCAAGAGAAUCGAGAUAGAAACUUGCAAUUGUUAAUUUAUAACUCGUCUCCCUCUCUCUCCUUCUAGGUCCCCGGUAAUUAAACCACAUACACCCAUCGAUUUUCCCCAAUUAGGCUUGUCUGUCAAGACUGCUUUGGGGGUAACCUUACCACCUACCACCUACCACCCACCACCUACCACCUCCCACCUAGCCAUCUCUGCCUUCCUUACAUAUCAUCCUGCAUUCGGCCUACACACCCGCGGCCCUGCUUUUUGCUGACUGUCGAUCUAUCAAACUCGACAUCCAGCACCCUACCAUUUUCAUUCUAUGCCGACACUCGGUUUUUUGAAGAAGAAACGGACGAAGGAGUCUCCGGCUAUAACCUCUCCAACAUCAAGUCAAGCCACAACCAGCCCGAUAACCCCCACAUCAUCAAGAGGCUUCGAUAAUUCCAUAGCUUCGAUCUCGUCCCAGUCGACUUUACCCCAAUCCCACGAGCACGAGGUUCUCCAAACGUCAACCUCUCGCACAACGGACGACCAACCGACUGCCGUGGGCAAAAAAGCCUCAAUGACACACGGAAUAACUCCACAGCAGCAAUCUGCGCAAAUCCAUUCCGAUCAACAGCAGCACCGUCAAAACUCUCCCAGUAUCAGCAACUUGAUUCAUCCACCACAGCAUGACGGUGCGAGCCAGUCGUAUCCAACCCCACCAGCUUCUUCACAGCCUUCACUACAUCCUGUAGCUGCUAACGCCAACACACUUCAAAUGGACUCCUCGCAGCGACAAUCACAGCAGUCACAACAGCAGCCACAGAUUAGACAAACCAAGGGCAAAUAUUCAUUGACCGAUUUUGAUAUUCAGCGCACAUUGGGCACGGGAAGCUUUGGACGAGUUCAUCUGGUUCGAUCGAAGCACAACCAGCGAUACUAUGCUGUCAAAGUAUUGAAGAAGGCGCAGGUGCACAAGAUGAAGCAGGUCGAACAUACCAAUGAUGAGAGAAAGAUGUUGCAGGAAGUCAAACAUCCAUUCCUCAUUACUCUAUGGGGUACUUUUCAAGACUCGAAGAAUUUAUACAUGGUCAUGGACUUUGUAGAGGGGGGUGAACUAUUCUCUUUACUGCGAAAGUCACAACGAUUCCCCAAUCCAGUGGCCAAAUUCUAUGCUGCUGAAGUUACCUUGGCUUUAGAAUACCUUCAUUCAAAACAUAUCAUUUAUCGAGAUUUGAAACCCGAGAAUUUACUACUUGACAGGCACGGACAUCUCAAAAUUACUGACUUUGGAUUCGCAAAGAAGGUCCCAGAUAUUACAUGGACAUUGUGUGGUACUCCGGAUUACUUAGCACCAGAAGUGGUCUCGAGUAAAGGUUAUAAUAAAUCGGUAGAUUGGUGGUCCCUUGGUAUAUUAAUUUUCGAAAUGCUUUGUGGUUUUACACCGUUUUGGGAUGGUGGCUCUCCCAUGAAAAUUUAUGAGAAUAUUCUUAAAGGGAGGGUUAAGUAUCCUCCCUACAUUCACCCAGAUGCACAGGACUUGUUGCAAAGAUUGAUCACAGCAGAUCUCACCAAGCGUCUUGGUAACUUACAUGGUGGUUCUGAGGAUGUAAAAAAUCAUCAAUGGUUCGCUGAAGUAACUUGGGAAAGGUUAUCCAAAAAGGAUAUCGAUGCACCUUAUGUUCCUCCUGUUAAGGCUGGAGUUGGAGAUGCCAGUCAGUUUGAUAAGUACCCUGAAGAAACGGAGAUAUAUGGUCAAGGUGGGCCCGAUGAAUUUGGGCACCUAUUCGUGGAUUUUUAAACAAAAGUUUCAUACUCGGAGUCUCGGGCUAGGCUACUUGUUCAAGAAUGCUAUAUUUCUUUUGUACUUUGCAGUUUGAACUAUUCUUCUGCACAUAUAUUACAGUACGGGCAAGAUAACCUUACGUCACAUCAUCUCUUUUUGUUUCACAGGCAUUGGAUUGGAAUAUUAGGUGGUUUACUCUGGCUUGUUAACAGCCCUUUGGUGAUGGGUGGGGUGGCGGUAAGGUGUUGGUAUGGUUGGUAUCGUACGAUGGGACGAGGGAUUUUAGUCGACCAGUUUUUUGGUACUAAGAAUGUGAUGACAUUCAUGUUCAAGGAAGAGGUAUAGUUAUCAACGUGUGUGUGGAUGAAUGGAUUACAUGAUGAUGCUCAUGCCCCGUUGUAUGGAAUGGAAUGAAACCGAAACGGGUGUGUAUGGUAUGAAUGAUGGAACUUAAGAUAUCAGUUAUAUGUUCGAAGGGAAUUGAAGGUGCAGAGGAAGGGGACAAAAAGAAAGGACCAUAAAUCCGAUUCGUAUUAGUGAGAAUAGGAUAUUAAUUCUUCUGGGGA